GACAUGGUACCAUCACAGAGCUGGACCUUACACACAUUCUUUUCCAACUUUAAGACAAUGCUGGACAGAAACCGAUGUUUUGAUGACACAUUUGGAAACGCUGGAGCAGCCGAGUCGGAGGAUGUUUAACCUCUGAUGGUUACCUCUGCAGAGAGCAACUUAGAGCAUCAGAGCUGUUUUAUUUUUAACAUCACAGAGGAAAGAAAAACCAGAGGGACGGAGAUGGAGACAAGCCAGGCACCCCCAAAGCCCCCGAGACUCACGGCACAGGAAGAAAACGCACUGGUGUCCCAAGUGCUGGAGAUCAUUGGGGGGAUCGAGGCGGAGGCCCUGCAGACCCUGGACCAGCCCGAGGAGAGGGAUGUGUGGUCGAUGGAGGAGGGAGACGACUCUGUGUUCUACAGCGACGAGGACCAGACUCAUCAGGAUGUGAAAGCUGGUGAUACAUCUUGUGAUGCUGGUGCAGAGCCCGUCCCUCAGAGAGAGGGUGACAAGGACAAGUUAGAGAUGGAGAAGCCAACGACUCUCCUGACAGAGAGAGAAGAGGAAUGCCAAGAGCUCCAGAGUCAAAACACUGAACUUGUGCAUGAGUCAGAUCCUAUACAUGCAGAAGCAAAGGCUGAUCCCAGGUCAGCGACCUUAGUGAGCACUAGCGGAGGAUCUCUGCAGCCAAACUGUACAUAUGCCGACAUGCAAACCCAUGGUGGGUCGGAUGUAUCAUCAGACACAGCAAAUCCACAAGUGAAAGAUGAGAAAGGGGCUCAGACACCAAAUCCCGAAUCUUUACAUGUGACUCAGGAGGAGGAGAGUUGCUCGAGGCUGAGGGAGGAGGCAGACGUCCCAGAGGGAACGUCUGAUGCCGACCUCCAGAUAUCAGGUGACAGAAGAAUGAAGGAAAAGCAGAGGCCUGAGCAGGACCCCAACUCCCAUGAUCCUGUGGGGUUUCGUCAGGGCUCCACCUGUCGGGGCUACUCCACCCUGCCGGCACAGAAGAAGCCCGCUGACCAGAAAUCCUUCGAUCACGUCAACUUGUCCAAGUACAGCACGGUGUCCUACCGCAAGAUCCGCCGAGGCAACACCCGCCAGAAGAUCGACGAGUUUGAGUACAUGAUUAUGAACUUGUAGGAAACUGCUGGAUAUUGAACCACAGCAAAGAAUGAGUGUUAAAGGAAACUGAUUUCCUAUAUCACCUAAUCUUAUCACACAUGCAUAUUUAUUCUUAGUAUUAAAAUCCUCUUGUAGAUUGCAUUGAAAGUGUUUGAUAUAACUCUCCAGGACAAAAUGAACUGUAACUAUCUGUUUUGCAGUCAUUCGUAUGAGAGGAGUCUCUUGGCUCUUCAUUUGGUUUCAGCCUGGAAACAUCAUUAUGUAAGGCAGGUAUUUAGACAGCAGAUUAAAUAAAUAAGAAGCUCUGGGAUUUAUAAUCCGACUAACUGUAAUAAGUAAGGUGUUGUUUGGCAUUAGAUCUUCAGGAUCUAAACCUCUGGAGAGACUCUGAGUAGUGAAACUAUUAGUUGAAGCAUUGUUGAGUGAUUAACUAAGCCUGCAUACUUAUCCACACAGAAGAAGAAAUAAUAAUAAUAAAGAGAUAUGCAAGGAAAUCUUUAUCUUCAUCCGUUUUACUUUCUCAAGAAAAUGCAUUUCCAUCGGUUUGUGGUUAUCGGGUGUGACAAUCAGGAAAUCACAGCACAGGUUUGUUCGGGUGUAACGAUCUAACACU